AUGUCUUUUUAUGUUAACUCUAGCCUAUGAUUGCAGUGGGAUUUAUGAAAAGUGCCAUCUCUAUAGCUGAGGAUGAAACUUGGAAGAGAAUUCGAACAUUGCUAUCUCCAACCUUCACCAGUGGAAAGCUCAAGGAGAUGUUCCCCAUCAUUGGCCAGUAUGCAGAUGGGUUGGUCAGCAACCUGAGGAAGGAAGCAGAGAAAGGAAAACCCAUCAACUUGAAAGACAUGUUUGGGGCCUACAGCAUAGAUGUGAUUGCUGGCACAUCAUUUGGAGUGAACAUUGAUUCCCUGAACAACCCACAAGAUCCCUUUGUGGAAAAUAUCAAGAAGCUCUUAAAACUUAAUUUCCUUGAUCCAUUCAUUUUCUGCCUAAGUAUGUGGACUACUGUAUUUUUUUCUUUCUCCCGCAUGUCCUCCCUCCUUUCACCACCUCUUCUCUCUUUCUUCCUCUCUCUCUCUUUCUCUCUCAGCUCAUUUGAGAUAUCAUUCACAUACUAUUUUUCCUUCUGCUUCCAGCACCGAGUGGAUUUACUUCAGCUGAUGAUUAACUCUCAGAAUUCCAAAGAAACAGACUCCCAUAAAGCUCUGACUGAUCUGGAGCUUGUUGCCCAAUCUAUUAUCUUUCUGUUUGCCGGCUAUGAGACCACUAGCAGUUCUCUUUCUUUCCUUAUGUAUUUGCUGGCCACUCACCCCGAUGUGCAGCAGAAAUUGCACAAGGAGAUUGAUGCAACGUUUCCCAAUAAGGCAACUCCCACCUAUGAUGCCCUGGCACAGAUGGAGUAUCUUGACAUGGUGAUGAAUGAAUCCCUCAGACUAUUCCCAAUUGCUGGUAGACUUGAGAGGUUCUGUAAGAAGGAUGUGGAAAUCAAUGGGGUGUUCAUUCCCAAAGGAACACUCGUGAUGGUGCCAAGCUUUGUUCUUCACCUAGACCCGACGUACUGGCCAGAGCCGGAGGAGUUCCGUCCUGAAAGGUUUAGCAAGGAGAACAAGGACAGGAUAAAUCCUUACAUAUACACACCCUUUGGAAGUGGACCCAGAAACUGCAUCGGAAUGAGGUUCGCUCUCAUGAACAUGAAAAUUGCUCUCGUCAGAGUUCUGCAGAACUUCUCCUUCAAACCUUGCAAAGAAACACAGGUCAGAUACUUAACCUGUUACCACUCUGUGUGAAUAAUGCUUGAUUGA